UGCGCGCAACCGUCAGUUUCGAAUCGGUUUGAGAAUACUUUUCUCCCCGCGGAAGUGACGGCAAGGCGGCUCGCAGUUCGAUUCCGGAUUUGCUAUAGACUGCAAGCAGUUUUCAUGUUGACGUUUGUUUGUUUUCCAUCAUUAUUUUUCUUCAGAUACCACGGAGCAAAUACGCGCACGAAUUACUGCUUUCAAAUUGCAAUGGCCGAAAGUUUUUUGUUAUUUUAGUCAAGGGUUCAAUCAAGGUGGUGGUCAGCCUACCGAGCGAGCUAGCUACUAGCUUGUCAGCGAGACGAGCUGCGUGGUAUAUUCUGACCGUAGCUAGCCAGAUUGGCAUUGGAUAGCAGUCAUCGUGCUAGAGUAACUAGCUACUUCUGUUUUAGCUAUUGUUUUUAUAACACAAUUAUUCUGCUACACAAUGCCAAUGCAUUCCAAUCGAUGAGAGUUGUGCAGCAAGCGUGCAGAGGCUCUCACACGUUUGCUUGGUCUAGUUUGGUUGAUUUGGACGCAUUUGGUUCGUUUUGGAGAGGUUGUAGCGAAAGUAUACCGAUUCGACUCUUCGAAGCCUAGGCCGAACCAAAUUGGUCAACUUUGUUGAGAGGGCUGGCUUGUAGUCCCUUCAAUAUCCUGUUCCUGUGUGGGUUCCCCGUGUGGUCGCCGACAUGCUGAAGACCCGACAGUGUCUACUUGGCAUCCGCACUUUCCUAGGUGUAACGUCCAGAAUAUGGGGCUUCUUCUUAUACAUUCUCAGGAAGCACCUACGCACGAGUUCAUCAGGCUGUUGAUUGUGGAUUGUUGUCCCACUCCUCUUCAAUGGUUGUGCGAAGUUGCUGGAUAUUGGCCGGUGCUGGAACACUGUCAUACAACUCGAUCCAGAGCAUCCCAAAUAUGCUCAAUGAGUGACAUUUUGGUUAUCCAGUACCAGACAGUGCGGUAUGACACUUUACCCCUGUCCCCUAUCUCCAGAAACAGACUCAAUGCAGUAAAGAGGAAGAUUCUUGUGCUGGAUCUAGAUGAGACGCUGAUCCACUCUCACCACGACGGGGUCCUCAGACCCACAGUGAGACCCGGCACACCACCAGACUUCAUCCUCAAGGUAGUCAUUGACAAGCACCCUGUCAGAUUCUUUGUACAUAAAAGGCCGCACGUCGACUUCUUUUUAGAAGUGGUCAGCCAGUGGUAUGAGCUGGUAGUGUUCACAGCCAGUAUGGAGAUUUACGGCUCGGCAGUGGCAGACAAGCUGGACAACAACCGGAACAUCCUGAAACGCAGAUACUACAGACAGCAUUGUACGUUGGAUCUAGGUAGCUAUAUUAAAGACCUGUCAGUAGUACACGACGACCUGUCUAGUAUCGUCAUCCUGGACAACUCGCCUGGAGCUUACCGGAGCCAUCCAGACAAUGCAAUACCUAUCAAGUCCUGGUUCAGUGACCCUAGUGACACAGCACUCCUUAACCUGCUGCCUAUGCUAGAUGCACUUAGGUUCACCGCUGACGUCCGGUCCGUCCUCAGUCGAAACCUCCACCAGCACCGGCUCUGGUGAUUGGCUUAUUCUGCAGGGAGGGUUUGGCUGAUUAGCCCUCUUUUUAAACCCCUUCCCCUUGCCGGCUCCCAUCGCUCCUCCGUUUCCACGCAGUGGACCUCUCCCCUCACCCCUCUCAGAAGGGGACAGAGGAGAGGAGAGUCGCAGCAUAACAUGAAACAAGGGAUGAACAGAGCGAGAUCUGGAAGGCCAGGAAACGACUGGGGGGAAGCCAGCUUUUCUUUUUCUUGUUUUCACUUCUUUAUUUGUAUGUUUUUUUAACAAAAUGGAGUCUCAGCCUUACAGUUCCUGAUACUGACUCUGUGUAUGUACGCAUGGGGCUGCGUUUGUGUACGUUGGGCGAAUGCUCACAUUUGUACGUCUUGCUAAACUUUUGACGUUACAAAAGGAGAAGGAACAGCAAGGCAACGAACGAGACAAGUUUCCACCUUUUGCUUCUUACCCUGGACUCUGCACAACAAAAACAACAGGCAAUGGCCUGUAAUUUUACACACUCUCUACUUGGUACUGGACUUUACUUCACUUAAGACAGUCAAGAGCAACCAGACAGGAGAAAAUGGACGAUGAUUUGUUUUGAAUGGGGGGUUUUGGGGGAAUAUACUCCCUGUCAAUCAAGGUCAUUUGUGUGUCAGGGGUUACCGCUGAUUAAGACGUUCUACAUAACAGAUCUCUGGAUGAAUUAUAAAUCAGUCUAAUUUGUUUUAUCAAAUGACUGACAUGAUCAUGUCUAUCUUGGAUGUGUUCCCCCAAAAAGGCUUGUAGGAUACAUCAAGAUGGAAGUAUGGACUAAAGAAGUUAUGAAAGAAAAGAAUGGCUAAAAAAAACUUAUUUGGAUGGUGGAACCUUACUCUUUAAAUUUCUCAUCUUUCAGUUACUGUGAUGUAUCGUAUGACCUGGACAUCUCCGUUAUUGAAAAUCUUAUGCCUGAUACCAUUUCAAUUUGAGAUUUGCACUUAAUUUCUGGAUUUAUUUUUUUUCAUUUUUCUGCUGCUGAUUUGAAGCAGAAUGAGCAGCCAGCCACCUGAAUGUUUUACCUGCUCCCUUGACCGUAUUGGUACCAUUGUCCGCCACCUCUGUCUUCAAUGCCAUUUGAACCAUUUCAAUCUUGUCAAGGCUCCAGUCAUGACUGCUUCUUUUUGGUUCAGUCCCCAGGUCUGUGUUACUAAUAAAACACUUGUCAGUGUCGACCACUUUUA